AAUGAAGAAAUACUUUUCAGUGCUUAAGAAAGUGCCUGUGUGCCCUUAUUUUUAAUUUUUUUUUUUAAAUUCUAAAGCAUUUAAAAUAUAUACAGAAGUCCAGAAAAUAAAAUAACACUCGUGUAUCCAUCACUGAGAUUAGACACAUACUAAUAUUUUGCUUCGUUUGCCUCUUUUCUUUCUUCCUUUCUUUUUCUUACAAUAUAAAACUAAUAAUUAUACAGUUGGAUGAAUUUUCACAAAUUUAGCACAUUCAUGUAACGAUUGCCCAAAUCAAGAAAUAGCCUUACCAGCGCCUCUAGAAGUACCCUUGUGCCCUCUUUCAGGCCCCUCCCUCCUCCCAAGGGUAACCUUAUCCUAACUUAUAGCACCAAGUUUUGAUGGUUCUUGAACUUUCUAUAAAUGGAAUCAUAUUGUAUAUACUCUUGUGUCUGGCUUCCUUCACUGAAUACUAGCUGUGAGAUAUAUCUUUGUUGCUGUAUAUCAUCAUAAUUUAUUCAUUAUCAUUGUAUAAUUUUUCAUUUUGUUAAUAUACCAGUUUAUUCUUCUGAAAAUGAGUAUUUGGAUAGUUUCCAGUUUUUAGCUGUCUGAAUAAUGCCACUAUGUACACUUUUUUAAUACUUUUUGGUGAACAAAUAUAUGCAUUUCUUCUGGAUAUAUACAUACAAGUAGACUUGUUUUAUCAGAGGAUAGAUACAUACUCACUUUUGGUAGAUAGUGCCAAAGAGGUUUCUAGAAUCAUUGUACCAAUUACACUCCCAGCAGCAGAGUAUGUGCGUUCUAGUUGUUCCACAUGCUUGUCAACACUUAAUAUUGCUUGUUUUCAUUUUAGCCAUCCUUUUGAGGUGUGUGAUAUCUUUUAUUUUUUAAGAGAUAAAAAAUAUUACAUAUUCAGUUAAAGCCCUUUUAUUCUCAGCUGGGUAUGGUGGCUCACACCUGUAAUCCCAGCACUUUGGGAGGCCAAGGUGGGUGGAUCACCUGAGGUCAGAAGUUUGAGACCAGCCUGGCCAACGUGGUGAAACCCCAUCUCUACUAAAAAUACAAAAAAAUUAGCCGGGCAUGGUGACAGGCACCUGUAAUCCUAGCUACCUGGGAGGCUGAGGCAGGAGAAUUGCUUGAACCCAGGAGGCAGAGGUUGCAGUGAGCCGAGAUCAUGCCAUUGCACUCCAGCCUGGGCGACAGAGGGAGACUCCGUCUCAAAAAAAAAAAACAAAAAACAAAAAAAAGAAACCCUUUUAUUCUCUUUCUCCCCUAGAAGUGACCAUUAUAUCUUGAAAUUGGUAUGAAUCAUUUCGGUGUUUGUGUAUGUGUGUGUAUACACAGAGACAUAUACAUAUGUGUAUAAAACAAUAUGUAUGUUUUAUUGUUACACUUUUUCUUAUGUAGUCUGAUUUUUAAAGUUCACAUUGUAUUUUGAUAUUAAUCUGGGUUAAUAUAUAUGAAUUAUGUUUAUUCAUUUUAACUACUGUGGAGUAAUAAGUCCACUGUAUGAAUAAACUGAACAGGUUUUUUUUGUCAUUAGUAGCAGUUACAGUGAUCAUCCUUUUUUCGGUUCCUUAUGUUCAUCUUGAGAGCUGGUUUAGGGAGAUAACUGGAAGAAGAAUUAGUAGGUCUUAAAUCAUCACAUGUUUAGCUUUAUUAGGAACUGCCAACAGUUGAGUUACCAGACUUGUUAAUUUUUAUCAAUUUGACGGAUGCAAAAUGAUGUUUUAAAAUUUUCAUUUCUCUGAGGGAUAAAUACAAGUUUGAGCAUUUCAUGUUAGUUGGCUAUUCAAGUUUCUUCUUGUGAGUUACCUGUUGAUACCCUUUGCCUGUUUUUUGACAUUGGGCUGUUUAUAUAUUUUCUCUUGAUUUGGUGGAGUUCUUCAUAUAUUUUAGGUACUAAUCUAUGACAGAAGUAGCAUUGCAAGUCAGUGAGAGGAAAUUGGUUCUUCUAAUCUUUGGCUUAUUUUAUUUUCUGGUGUGUUAGACAUAUAGAAUUAAACAUUUUUAAUAACAAACUUUUUUUUAAAUAUUGCUUUUUGUGAAUUGUCUAUCUACUUUAUCCCAGUGUCAGAAAGAUUUUUAUUCCAAAAUGUUCAAUUUUGUUUUACAGGUAUUUAUUUUUGUAUAUGAUGAAAUGGGAAAACUAAUUUUGUCUUUUUCCAUGCUGAAAACCAAUAAGUCCAGCAUUGUUCAUGGAAUAAUCUUAUGUUACUGAUUUAUAAUGCUACCUGUGGUAAACCCAGUUCCCCUGCAUACUUAGUUCUGUUUCUUGUCUCUCUGGUUUACUUGUCUAUGUCCAAUACCAGACUGUCUUAAUUACUAUACUUAGUAUUAUAUAUCGCUCGUAAAGAAAAUCUUUCCUGGAUAUUCUUAUUUUAAAAAAAGUUAUACUUUUGAAUAUUGAAAGAGUUUAAAAAUCUUUCCCUGUGAUUAUGGAUAUGUCUGUUUCACCUCAGAGACCUAUCAGUUUCUGUGACUUACCCACUCACCACCCCUCUCCCUUUUUGGGGGUAUUGCAGUUUUCAUAGUGGUCUGUUAAGAGGUCCUUAUAUAUGAGGUUUUUACCUUUUGUUAUGUUACAGAUAUUUUUUCUAGUUUUUGACUUUCAGUUUUGCUAUGCAUUUUGUUGUACAAGUUUAAUUUUUUACAAUCUUUUCUUUUCUGCCUUUUCAGUGCUGCUUAAAACGUUUUUCAUUAACCCAAGGUUACAUAUAUAUUUGCCUCUGUUUCCUAGUAUAUUCUUUAAUUUUUUCUUUAGAUUCUUAAUCCAUUUGGAAUUGCUUCUUACUUCUCUGAGUGUAUCUUCUUAGCCUUCUUUUUUGAACAAUUAAAUAUUCUAAUUGCUCAAAAUUUGAUUUUAAUCUCCCUUCCUUUUGUAUACCUGGAGUCAUAAACUUGAGUACUUACAUGGGCCAGGAGGUAAUAUCACUGAGUUAAGCAAGCAAGGUGGAAACUGGUGAAUCAGAGGAGUACAGGCUUCAACUGAAAGGAGUAGCUCUAGCUCAAGGGCUGGCAAGCUUUUUAUGUAAAUGGCUAGACAGUAAAUAAUUAGGCUUUGUGGGACAUGGUCUCUCUACAGCCAUUCGAUCUUCCACAGUAGUAUGAAAGCAGCCCUAGAAAAUACAUACAUGAAUGGGUAUGUUCCAGUAAAAAUUUAUUUAGCAAAGUAGGCAGCAGGCUGUAGCUGCCAAUCCCUGCUCUAAAUGGUAGUUUUCGUUCAGUAUGCUUCCAGUUUUUUUCAAGAGAGAAACCCUAAAUUUGCAUUUAUCUGUAAUCUCCCUUUUUUUUUUUUUUUGAGAUGGAGUCUCGCUCUGUUGCCCAGGCUGGAGUGCAGUGGUGCGAUCUCGGCUCACUGCAAGAUCUGCCUCCCGGGUUCACGCCAUUCUCCUGCCUCGGCCUCCUGAGUAGCUGGGACUACAGGCGCCCGCCACCACACCCGGCUAAUUUUUUUGUAUUUUUAGUAGAGAUGGGGUUUCACCGUGUUAGCCAGGAUGAUCUCAAUCUCCUGACCUCGUGAUCCGCCUCCCUCGGCCUCCCAAAGUGCUGGGAGUACAGGCGUGAGCCACUGCGUCCAGCCAUAAUCUCCCUAUUUUUAACUGGUGUAACUAGUUUUAAAAGUUUGUAUAAAAAGUGUGGCCCAAAGAAAAUGUGUCUAAGAUCUGAUUUGGCCAACUGAUCAACUGUUUGUAGCCUCUACUUACUACUUCAUUAGUCUCAUCAUUCCCACAACCAGUUACCUUCUAUCAAGAUGAGUCCCAAAUUGGUAUUUCCAUCCUAGAGCUCUCCUCAGGGCUGUUCUCAACAUCUUAACUAUUUGAUUCUUUUGUUUGCUCAUGUCAAAGAUACUUCAAUACAACAUGUUUAAAACUGAAUGUCUAAAAUAAAUCUAAAUUUCCCAUCUCCCCAACAGCAUCCUUUUCCAGUAAUUGUUUUAAUGGUACUUACUGUCAUCAGAUUGUACGUGGUGGAAAUCUAUGCACAGUCUUUACAUCUCCCCCUCUCUCCUUUAUCCAAUUCAUCACUGUAUUUACCUAAUUAUAUUCUAAGUAUUUCUUUACUGUUAAUUUUCCUUUAUAUAUUUUUUGUUUUCUUGGAUUACUGUGAUAAUCUUUGUGAUUCCGCCUUUGCCCCCAUAUACUUCAUUCUCAACAUUGUAGUGAGACUGAUAUUUUCAUAAUCAAAUCUGAUCUUGUCAUCACUCUGCUUGAAACAUUUGAAUGGCUUCUCGCUGCCUUCACGGUAACAGACAAAAUCCUGGAGGUCUACAAUAUCUUGUGAAAUCUGGCUUUUACUCAUUAUCCCAACCUCAUUUCACAGCUACUCUUCUUCCAUCUCUUUGCUCUAGUGUAGCAGUUCUGAAUGCUUUGGCAUCAGAGGACCUACUGUAACUAUAAAAAUUGUUAAAGACCCUAAAGAUGUUUCAUUUAUGUAGGUUAUGUCUACCAAUAGUUACUAUACUACAAGUUAAAACAGAAAAAUUUUAAGCUAUUAGCUAAUUCAUUUAAAAAUAAUUGGCCGGGUGUGGUAGUCCACACUUGUAGUCCCAGUGCCUUGGGAGGCCAAGGUGGGUGGGUCGAUUAAGCCCAGGAGUUAGAGACCAGCCUGAGCAAUAGAGACCCCAUCUCUUAAAAGAAAAAUAGAAAUAAAAAAUUAUAAACCUGUUGUGUGUUAGCACAGUAUUUUUUUUUUUUUAUUAAAAAGCAUCUAUUUUCUUUAACCAAAAAAUGUUAUUAAGAAGUAUGGCAUUGUUUUACACUUUUGCCAGUCUCUUUAAAGUAUGACAUAAUAGAAGGUAGCUAUAUUCUUACAACUGCUUCUGAAUGCAACUUGAUAUAACAUGUUGUUUUGGUUGCCUUGCAUGGAGAAAAUCCAGCAUCACACAGAUACAAGUUGGAAAAGGAAGGAGUAUUUUAUAGUCUUUUCAGACGUGGAGACUAGACCACAGAGCAAGGAUUCAACUUCAGUGCAAGAUUUUUCCAAAGCAGAAUCAUGCAAAGUUGCAAUAAUAGACAGACUGACACGGAAUAGUGUCUAUGACUCUAACUUGGAAGCAGCCCUUGAAUGUGAAAAUUGGUUAGAGAAUCAGCAAGGAAAUCAGGAGAGACAUUUGAGAGAAAUGUUCACUCACAUGAAUUCACUCUCUGAGGAAACAGACCAUGAGCAUGAUGUAUACUGGAAAAGCUUCAAUCAGAAAUCUGUCCUUAUCACUGAAGACAGAGUUCCCAAAGGAUCUUAUGCCUUCCAUACACUUGAAAAAAGCUUGAAACAAAAAUCAAACUUAAUGAAAAAGCAGAGAACUUAUAAAGAGAAAAAACCUCAUAAAUGUAAUGAUUGUGGUGAACUCUUCACCUACCAUUCAGUGCUUAUUCGACACCAGAGAGUCCAUACUGGAGAGAAACCCUAUACCUGCAAUGAAUGUGGGAAAUCUUUUAGCCACAGAGCUAAUUUAACUAAACACCAGAGAACUCAUACUAGAAUUCUCUUUGAAUGCAGUGAAUGCAAGAAAACCUUCACAGAAAGCUCAUCCCUUGUAACACAUCAGAGAAUUCAUGUUGGAGAGAGACCUUAUGAAUGCAAUGAAUGUGGGAAAGGUUUUAAUCGAAGUACACAUCUUGUGCAGCAUCAGUUGAUUCAUACUGGAGUGAAGCCUUAUGAAUGUAAUGAAUGUGAUAAAGCUUUUAUUCAUUCAUCGGCACUCAUUAAACAUCAAAGAACUCAUACUGGAGAGAAACCUUAUAAAUGUCAAGAAUGUGGGAAAGCCUUUAGCCAUUGCUCAUCCCUAACUAAGCAUCAGAGAGUGCAUACUGGAGAAAAGCCAUAUGAAUGCAGUGAAUGUGGAAAAACUUUUAGUCAGAGCACACAUCUUGUUCAACAUCAGAGAAUUCAUACUGGAGAGAAACCCUAUGAGUGUAAUGAAUGUGGGAAAACCUUCAGCCGGAGCUCCAAUUUUGCUAAACAUCAAAGAAUUCAUAUUGGAAAGAAACCUUACAAAUGUAGCGAGUGUGGAAAAGCUUUCAUUCAUUCAUCAGCUCUUAUUCAACAUCAGAGAACUCAUACCGGAGAGAAACCCUUUAGAUGUAAUGAGUGUGGGAAAAGCUUUAAGUGCAGUUCAUCUCUCAUUAGACAUCAAAGAGUUCACACUGAAGAGCAACCCUGAAAAAUUACUGAAUGUAAAGAAAUGUAAGUUGGUUUUAUCACUAUAUUAAAUACUUGAGUGUUUAGGUGGAAGGCUCAUCCGUAAUAUGCAUCUGAGGACCAAUUCUGUAUGCAUCUAAUUUCAUUUGUGUAAUACAUAGUUUUGAGCCAUAGGCAGGUUCCUUAUGUCCGUUAAUUUGAUAAUUAUGAAAUCUAGCCAGCGAUUUCAAAAUUUUAAUCUCCAACCUCCCAAAUAGCUAUUUGUGGAAAUUCAAGAAGUCCCUGAGAGUGGGUAGCAGUACAAACAUUGUGAAAUCCAGCUUUCCCCUUUCUUGGUUAUGUCAGAGCUUUGUUGUAAGCCUCUCGCUUUGCAAGGAAAUUCUUAUCAGCUAGAUUAGGCUGAGGGUUUACAUCCUUAUCAUCAGGAAGACAAAAUGUUGUUAUUUAUUACUCUUUGAGUCCCAAGUAGAGAUCUAGAUGCACAUAUGGCGUAAUUCCUGUAGAGUGUAAUUUCUUUUAUAUUAGCCAUAAAAACCAAAAAGGCUGAGUUGGAAGUCCUUAGAAUUCCCUUCCUCCCUCAACAAGCUGCUGUCUAAUUUGAUGACCAUAACUAGGAUGUUUAAUAUUUACAGACAAUUCUAAGUUAUGUUCACAUGGAUUAUGUUCAUCAUUGAUUUUUUUUUUUUUUUCCUUGAGACGGAGUCUUGCUCUGUUGCCCCAGCUGGAGUGCAGUGGUGCAAUCUCGGCUCACUGCAACCUCUGCCUCCUGGGUUCAUGCCAUUCUCCUUGCCUCAGCCUCCCAGGUAGCUGGGACUACAGGCGCCCGCCACUAUGCCUGGCUAAUUUUUUUUGUAUUUUUAGUAGAGACGGGGUUUCAUCAUGUUAGCCAGGAUGGUCUUGAUCUCCUGAACGCAUGAUCUGCCUGCCUCGGCCUCCCAAAGUGCUGGGAUUACAGGCAUGAGCCACCGCGCCUGGUGUCAUCAUUGAUUUAUAUCAUUGUUGUCCCUCUACCGGCUAGACCUUCUUUCAUUUUCCAUUUCCCUGGGAGUUUACGUGAAGUAGUGAAUGGGUCAAAAUCUUAACAGUGGUUGUUGAUCAAGUCCCUCCUUUCUUAUCCUUGGCACUGAAUGAAUCCUUGGUUUUCUAUAAUCAAAGAGUCAGGGAGACUUCUUUGUCUACAUUAUUCAGCUUUCUGUAAGCUAUGCUGUGUCCAUUUGAGAAAAAGCCCCAGGGAUAUUAAGGGUCUGAGAAGUUGAGUGGUUCAGUGUGUUACUAUAUUUAGGGUCCCAGUAAAGAAGAACUGAAACAACUGUGAGACACCAGGGCAUACUUCCCUGUAUGAGUGGAAAACAGGUAUGGAAAAAUAGCUCACAGUAUAGUCCUCAGCUGACUUGCUUGAAGAUAAGCAGCUUCCCUUCAUGAAGAAGUUGCCAUUUCUCUGGCCUUCAUAUUUACCUACUUUUUGUUGUCAUCUGUAUUAGUUCAAUCUCACACUGCUAUAAAGAAAUGCCUGAGACUGAGUAACUUAUAAAGAAAAAAGGUUUAAUUGGCUCAUGGUUCUAUGGGCUGUACAGGAAGUAUGACUGGGGAGGUCUCAGGGAGCUUUUACUCAUGGCAAAAGGCAAAGCCAGAGCAGGUAUCUUCACAGGGCUGGAGCAGGAGGAAGAGAGAGAGGGGAGGUGCUACACACUUUUUAUACAACCAAAUCUCAUGAGAACUCUCUCACGAGACAGCACUAGGGGGAUGGUGCCAAAUCAUUCAUGAGAAACUACCUGCAUGGUCCAGUCACCUUGCACCAGGCCCCACCUCCAACAUUGGGGAUUACAAUUCAACAUGAGAUUUGGGUGGGGAUACAGAUCUAAACCAUAUCAUUUCUCAAAAAAAAAAAAAAAAGAAAAAAAAAGCACAGGAAAAGUAACUCACCUCUUUUACCAUCUUAGUUUUUAGUACUAACGGUUUAGAGCAGGAAUUGACAGACUGUGGCCUGGACUCAUGGACCAACUCUGGCCCACCACCUGCUUCUCAGAAGAAAAUUUUGUUGGAACUCAGCCACACUUACUCAUUUACAUGUUGUCCUUGACUGCUUUUGUGUCCAGUGUCAGAACUGAGUAACUGCAGCAGAGGUUGUGCCUUUGGGCUUUAAUAUCACAAACAGAGCAGCUUAUAAACAACAGAAACUUACUUCUCACAGUUUUGGAGGCUGGGAAGUCCAAGAUCAAGAUGUGAACAGAUUUAGGGUCUAGGGAAGGUCUGCUUCUUGGUUAAUAGAAAGCAUCUUUCACUGUGUCUUCACAUGGUAGAAGGGGAGAGCUCUGGUAUCUUCGGCCCCUUAUAAGGGCACUAAUCCCAUUCAUGAGAGCUCAUGACCCAAUCACCUCUAAAAGGCCCCAUUUUGUAAUACCAUCAAUUAAGUUUCAUUAUAUGACUUUGGUGGGGAUGUAGCCCAUAGUAGGUUGUAUGUCCCCGAAAGCCUAAAAUAUUCACUAUUUGGCUCUUUACAGAAAAUAUUUGCUGGGCCCCUGUUCUAGAGCAUUCAUCAAGAAGUGGGAUAAAGGGUUUAAACCAGUCAGAGAAACUAGGUGGAAUGGAAAAGUUGAACUUACUGAGAGAUAAUUGGGGUCAGAAAAAUAAAAGAGAUGGGAAAUGAUGCAUCAAAAUACUCCUACCUCUAGGAUGUUACUAUGUAUUGUCAGGAGAAUUCAAGUUACUGAAACUUGCCAGAUUCUUGAGUGAAAAGAAAUUCAUUUGAGGGCCAAAAUUUGACUAAGGAAAGAAGACCAACAUGGGCUUUCCAAAGUUGAGUUUGAAUUCUGCCACCCUGACUAAGCAGUCAUGUGACCUUGAAAAACUCCCUACUCUGAGUCUCAGUUUCUUUAUCUGUAUUAGGUUUCAACAAAGGGAAUAAAUCAUUGGCUUCUCAUGAGGUUGUCAUAAGGAUUAAAUAAGACAAUGCAUAUAAAAGAACUGGCAGACAAUAAAUAUAGAGUCCCCCACUCCUGCUUGGUGCUCUCUUUCUCUCUCCUUCUCUACAUAGAGAAGUGCCAGAGCAUCCGUCAGUAGAAGUUACUUAAGGGUGGCUGUGUCUUCCACAUCUUUUGUUUACCCAUGAAGAACUGUGAGCAUCCUGUUCUCUGGCUUAUCAUAAAGAUGGAACUUGACUUCUUUCUGCUCUUGCUUCCAUCUGGUGCUGUUUUCUGCACAGCCUCCUUGAGACCUUUCAGAACCUUCUAUUUUCCUAGUUUGUAUCACUUAACCAGUGGCUGUCUGGGAUGGUUCCAGAGGCUGAAGUUUGCAGUUGAAUAGCAUUUUAAAUAGUGUUAAGGGAUUUGGGAUCUCUGGCCCUUUGUGUUUCAGUAUUUGUCCUUUUUAUGCCUGGUGUUUAACCUGCCACAUGUUUGUACUGCAACAUGAAUCUUGGAAAUUUUAAUGUUAUGCAUUUCAGAUGUUUUUGGUUAUCUGUAAACUAAAUGUGCCCUUAUUGGCUCACUUGUCAAUAAAGAUGUUUGUAUAUGUAUUGUCAGAAA